AAUGAUUAGUGGAGCAUUCCGAAGAUCAUUUAUAGGCAGAGCUCACUUUGGUCUUGUUUCAGAAUAUAAUAGUAGAGUCAAUUAGAAGUUAUACAAGGGAGUAUAAGUAUCAGAAGCACCACAAUUCUUUACUACAUCUGCAAGACCAGGAAAUUUCGGAGAUCAUAUUGAUUUCAAAGUUUAAAUGGAUAAUUGGUUUGAUGAAAAUAGGUACUCAUAAUUUAAGAUAUUUAAUUUAGAGUCCAUAAUGAACAUGAGACUGAAAUUAAAAGAACAUAAAUUUAUGCAUUGAAUGCUGUUUAUUAUGGUGGAUUGCUUUCUUUUGCAAGAUUGUUUGCAGUAGGACUUAUAGGCAGAUUAAAUGGUUGGAAGAGAUAUGAUAGAGACACAUACCUUGAGAUGGAGUAAUAAUUAACAUUUAGUGCAUAGCAUCGGAGAUUUACCACCAGGUGAAGUCAUGUAAAUUGUUUGGAAUGGUACACCAGUAUUCAUUAGAAGAUUGACAUAAUAAGAAAUUAAGGAUGAAGAUAACUUACCAAAAGAAACAAUUUUAGAUCCAAAGUAUAUACUUAAAUUUAAUUCUUAGUUCUGAAGUUGUACUUACUAAUUGUGGAAAUACUAAAGUUUUGGUUGUUAGUGCAUUGUGCACACAUUUGGGAUGCAUUCCAAUCCCAUAUUUAGGUGCUUAUAAUGUAAAAUGAUCAUUUACAAUUAUAGGGUUGGGUGUGUAUUUGUCAUGGUUCAGUGUAUGACAAAUAUGCAAGAGUGAGAUAAGGACCAGCAUUGUAAAAUUUACCAUUCAUUAAUAACUCAAUUUAUGAUGAUGUUAUUGUCUGCAUUGAAGAAAUGAAAUUCCCAAGAGAACCAAGUUAAAGAUAUUGGACUUGAA